UUGUUCUGGGUUUCCAGCAAUGGCCGCCAUUACUUGACCAGCACCACAGCCAGUCUCUCUGCAAGCACCUGCAGACCUUACCAGAGUGGUUUCUGUUUUUCACAGGGCAAGUUUCUCAUCUGUGGCGUGUGGGACGUGACUUCUGCCCAAAAGGCAUGGUGUGAAGGCAGCACAGACUGUGCCGGGCAGUCUCCACAUCUCAGCAUGCAGCUGAGCUGCGCCCGAGGGGCCAAGAUGCAGCUGGGAGUCCUGCUGGUGCUCCUGCUCUGUUCGAGCCUUAAGGGCCAAGAAAACUCUUUCACCAUCAACAGCAUCCACAUGAAGAGCCUGCCCAACUGGACGGUGAUAAAUGGGCAGAACCUGACGCUGCAGUGCGUGGUGGAUAUCAGCACCACCUCGCGCAUCAAGCCUCAGCACCUCAUGCUCUUCUACAAGGAUGACGUGCUGUUUUACAACAUCUCCUCCACUAAGAACGUGGAGAGUUUUUUUAUUCCCCAAGCCCGAGUCUAUGACUCGGGUACUUACAAAUGCACCGUGAUUCUGAACAACAAGGAGAAAACCACCCAACAGUACCAGGUAUCAGUGAAAGGUAUGCCCCCUCCCAGGGUGACGCUGGACAAGAAGGAGGCCAUCGAAGGCGGGGUUGUGAUGGUCAAUUGUUCUGUCCCAGAGGAAAAGGGUCCAAUAUAUUUCACAAUUGAAAAACUUGAACUAAAUUCCAAAUAUGUCAAGCAGAAAAGAGAGAAGCAUUGUUGGGACCAGAAUUUUGUGACACUGGAAUUCCCCAUUGAGGAGCAGGACCACGUUUUAAUAUUCCGAUGUCAAGCUAGGAUCAUAUCUGGAAUCAGCAUGGAGAUCUCAGAGUCCAGCCGGAGUGAACUGGUCACCGUGAGGGAAUCCUUCUCUGUUCCCAAGUUCCAUGUCAACCCCAUGGGGAUGAUCACAGAAGGAGAUCAGCUCCUCAUUAAGUGCACUAUUCAGGUGACACACCUGGCUCGGGAGUUUCCGGAAAUCAUAAUCCAGAAGGACAAGGUGAUUGUGGCCAACACCAAACAGGGCAAUGAGGCCAUCUACUCAGUCAUGGCCUUGGUGGAGCACAACGGCAACUACACGUGCAAAGUGGAGUCCAGCCGCAUAUCCAAGGUCAGCAGCAUCGUGGUCAACAUAACAGAACUAUUUUCCAAGCCAAAGCUGGAAUUUUCCUCUGCACGGCUGGACCAAGGUGAGAUCUUGAACCUGUCAUGCUCCAUCCCAGGAGCACCUCCAGCUAAUUUCACCCUCAAGAAGGAAGACACAAUUGUGUCACAGGCUCAAAACUUCACCAAGAUAGCUUCAAAGUGGGACAGCGGAAAGUACACCUGCACUGCGGCCAUCGACAAAGUGGUCAAGGAAAGCGACAUGGUGCAGAUAGUGGUGUGUGAAAUGCUCUCCAACCCAAGGAUCUCUCAUGAUGUGGGGUCUGAAGUCAUAAAAGGUCAGACCAUAGAAGUCAGUUGCCAAUCGAUAAAUGGAACUUCGCCUAUUUCUUACCAGCUUUUAAAAGCAAAUAGAGUUUUGGGUAGCCAUAUGGAGUACUCAAAUGAUCCUGCAGUAUUCAGAGAUAACCCCACUGAGGACGUGGCAUACCAGUGUGUUGCGGAUAAUUGCCAUUCCCAGGCCAAAAUGUUCAGCAAUGUUCUGAGAGUCAAAGUGAUAGCCCCAGUGAGUGAGGUCAAGCUUUCCAUCCUGUUGAACGAGGCGGUGGAAUCGGGGAAGGAAAUUGUGCUCCGAUGUUCCGUGAAUGAAGGGUCUGGUCCGAUCACCUAUAGGUUUUACAGAGAAAAGGAGGGCAAACCCUUCUACCAAGUGACCUCAAAUGACAGUCAGGCAUUUUGGCGCAAGCCGCAGGCUAGCAAGGAGCAGGAGGGACAGUAUUACUGCACGGCCUUCAACAGAGCCAACAGAAAUGUGCCUCCAAGCAACACACUGCCGGUCAGAGUCUUUCUUGCCCCGUGGAAGAAAGGACUAAUUGCAGUCAUUGUCAUCGGAGUGAUAAUUGCCACCUUGAUAGUUGGGGCCAAAUGCUAUUUUCUGAGGAAAGCCAAGGCCAAGCAGAGGCCCGUGGAGAUGUCCAGGCCAGCAGCACCACUUCUGAACUCUAACAACGAGAAGAUGUCAGAUCCCAAUAUGGAAGCCAACAGUCAUUAUGGUUACAAUGAUGAUGUUGGAAACCAUGCAAUGAAACCAAUGAAUGAUAAUAAAGAGCCUCUGAACUUGGACGUGGAGUACACAGAAGUGCAAGUAUCCUCAGCUGAGCCUCACAGAGCACUGGGAACAAAGGGCACAGAGACGGUGUACAGCGAAAUCCGGAAAGCCAGCCGCGAUUCCAUGGAAAACAGAAAUUCUAGAACGGAAGGCUCCCUUGAUGAAGCUUAGACAGCGAGGGAAGACGUUCGCUCCUGGGAGAAUGGCCAUGUUCCGAGAAGAGCGGCUGAUCCCUGCAUGCCAAGACUUCUGUGCACUUAUUUAUGAGCCUGCCCUGCUCCCACCAAACAUAGCGAUUUCUCGGGCCAAGCCACCAGUUCUUAAAUGUAUCCUGCUGCAUUAAUGUUGGGUAUAAAGAGAUGUGAGGGGCUGUUUAAUUUCCCCCAUGGCCUUCCUUUCAUCAACUUGGAGCAUUUGGAAGAGCAGAGGAGGUUCCGGGUCAACAGGCCAUUGGGAUAUUUUGAAACUUGAAUAUGUUGUCUUAUACAGAGAUAAAGACCUUUUCCUUGUGCCCUCGUACACAGAAACCGAUUUUUAUUUUAUAGUCAAUCACUUCUAGCAAAUGGCCUGGUUUAGGGGCUAGGUUUUUCCUUUUCCUUUGUCCUUCAAAGACCUGUAUGUCUGGGUAGUCCUUGUCCUUUGAGAGUACACACACUGACCAGACAACUGCACCCUGUCCCCUCUGUGACCUCAUACCCACCACAAAUGGGAGACCAAAGCUGCUUGGGUGCAACUCCUUGGAAACGCCAACCUGAAAAGGGGUUCAUUCAGGCACUGCACAAAAUGAUAGUGGAAUGAGCACAGAUGUCCCUAAGCUGUCUCGCUAUACCUUUUCUUGUCCUCCACCAUGGCUGAAGGCUGAAGGUCAGGAGGAUGGUUGCCUACAGCAAAUAUUAUUUUUAAUAGAAAAAUGAAGUACAUAUUUUUCUUACUAAUUUUUUUUAAUUUAUUCCUUGCUGAAGAAAAGAGGUCUUAAGAUGUUUCUGACAGUAUCUCGAGUGGCUGGGAGAGGGGCUGUGGCUGUUUUGCUGUGGAAUUUCAACAGCACCACACCUAACCAAAAUCAUGUUCCCUCUUCUCCUCAGUGACAUAGCAGCAGGGACCCUGAAGGGUGUUGUAUUAAAUAAAUUUGAUCUUUGCUCUUCA